AUGCCAAGAAAAAGAAAGCUGUUGGCUCAAUUAAGUGCUCUCCAAAGCAACUCCAGCCUCCCUCCUUUAGAUGCCUUGGGGAACCUGAACGCUACGCCUGCUGGGGAUUCUUCUCCAAAAAGCAGCAAAUAUUUUGCAAUAGAGAAAAAAAGUUCUUCCCGGCUAGAAGCAGAUUUUUUCAACCAGCCCUGUAUUAGUCUGGCCAAGUCUUUUCUGGGACAGAUUUUAGUUCGCAAACUUCCUGAUGGCAGAGAACUCUGGGGGAGGAUUGUUGAAACAGAAGCUUAUCUGGGUGGGGAAGAUGAAGCUUCUCACUCGAAAGGUGGGAAACAAACUCAACGAAACGCAGCAAUGUUCAUGAAACCAGGAACCCUGUACGUGUAUCAGAUCUAUGGGAUUUAUUUCUGCGUGAAUGUUUCCAGCCAAGGGGAAGGGGCUGCAGUCUUACUUCGCUCUUUGGAGCCUCUUCAGGGUUUAGAUGCGAUGAGAGAGCUGCGCAGCGCUUCAAGGAAAGGACCCACAAAGCCGCUGAAGGACUGGCAGCUGUGUAAUGGGCCCUCCAAGCUCUGCCAAGCAUUUGGGAUUGAUAAGGCUUUUGACCAAAGGGACCUGACUCAAGAUGCAGCCAUCUGGAUGGUACCUGGACAUGACCUACCAGGGGAGCAGGACGUGAUAACCACAACAAGGAUUGGUAUUGGCAACAGGGGAGAGUGGGCACAGAAACCUCUCAGGUUUUAUUUACGAGGAAACAAAUUUGUGAGCGUUGUAGACAAGAAAACAGAGAGAGAGAUGGCAGCAAUGGAACACUUCUCUUGCAGCUGAAGAGUCUUGCAGCUGUGCCACUGGCCAGGACUUGAGCUGCACUCUGUAUGAUAGCCUCGAGCUAUGGCAUGGCAGCAGUGAGGGUAAACAUAGUACCAUGGAGGUUUUUAACAAUAAA